CCGCUGCCGCCGCGCACAGCACGGCACAAGCACACGCACAGCGCAGCGCGGCGCACGGCCACGGCGACGACGUUCACGGGGACGACCGCGCGUCGGUUGCAGCACCAGCGACGACGGCGGACAGCAUCACCGCCACAGACAGCCAAGCCAACCGGCGGUGGUAUUUGCGCGACUCUUCGUGACCAUGGAUUUCCGGGCGGACGCUCAUCUCGGACACGGUUCGACUGUUCCACCAGGAAAAAAAAUGUUGAAUUGAAAGCGCACACCUAUUAAUUGUUGUCCGUAUAAUUGAACCAGAAUAGUACAUUGCCCACAAACAAGGAGAAAAGUUGUAACCAGGAGCCAUAUAAUAUAAAACUGUCGAUUAUUUAAGAUAAUAAUAGAAAAUAUGACGGGUCGGCAGAUACGUCGUUUGCUGUAUGGACUGCUGAUGUUAGCUUUAUUUGUCAUUGUUAUACACAGUGGCCGUACUGCAUAUUGGCUGGCUAAAGAUGGACAUCAUUAUCCAGGACAACCGCAUCUCCCCACCGAGGACCAGCCAGAUUACAACGAACAACAGAACAUACAAUAUUUGGAGUCACCGAUUCAAUCUUUACAAACAAACAGACCUUUAAUGAUGGAACCGAACGAAAUUUCAAAAUCGCAAUUACCAUGGUAUUUUAAAGAUGGAUUGUUGAGGCCAAGCAGUGCUAAAAAGGAUACGAAGACUGGACAAAGAACUACACAGGUGUGGCCUAAAGAACAAAAAAAUGGCGACCGCGUUGAAAACCAACUGAUGUUCAUACCGCCUAAUUAUCGAUACAAAGAUGAACCGAAAAAAAAAAUUUUACUAUACAAUGGUUUAAGUAGUUGGAUGGUAGAUGAUGGGCAACGUGUAUUCAUCUCGAAACAAUGUCCGGUGAAUAGAUGCACAAUUACUACGAAAAAAUCAGAAGCUCCAGACGUGGACGCAAUUUUAUUUCGUGAUCAUUUCUCACAUCCCGGUCAUAGAAAAACUGGUAAACAAGUAUGGAUUUUAUAUUUUCUCGAAUCACCGUAUCACACGGAAUUGAUCACUUACAAUGAUGUGUUCAACUGGACAGCCACAUACAGACACGAUAGCGAUAUCGUCACGCCAUACGAACGAUGGGCGUACUACGAUCCGUCAGUGACACAAGUUGAACGAUUAGAACGAAAUUACGCAUUUAACAAAACGAAAAAAGUGGCGUGGUUUGUAUCAAACUGCGGUGCCAAAAACGGCAGAUUGCAAUACGCCAGAGAAUUGGCCAAAUAUAUAUCAGUAGACGUGUACGGCGUGUGCGGGCAAUUCAGGUGCCCUAGAUCGGACAAGUGUUUCCAAUUGCUGGACCAGGAUUACAAAUUUUAUUUAGCUUUUGAGAACUCCAAUUGUCUCGACUACGUGACCGAAAAGUUUUUCGUUAACGGCCUACAGCACAACGUUCUGCCGGUCGUGAUGGGCGGGCGCCGCUCUGACUACGAGCGGAUAGCGCCCAAGCGAUCGUACGUGCACGUGGACGAUUACGAGUCGCCCAAACAGCUGGCCGAGUACCUGCGGCGGUUGGACGCCGACGACGACCUGUACAACGAGUACUUCCGGUGGAAGGGUACCGGCGAGUUUAUCGACACAAAGUUCUUCUGCCGGCUGUGCGCGAUGCUGCACGACGACGGCGCCCCGGCCAAACACUACCGGAACGUCAACGACUGGUGGCGCGGCCAGGGCGUCUGCAACAACGCUAUGCCGUGGCGGCGGUUCAUCGAGUCGUCCGCCGAGGCCGGCGCCGUCAACGGCGAUUAGCGUUUGCCGCGGGCGGCGGCCGCGGCUCUCGACUACAUCACCGGUCGCUGGCGACGUCGGCGCCGCCGCCGCAUCGUCGCCGAAUCGUCGUCAUUACCGCAGCAGUCGUCGGAAGUCGACUUUUGGCGACCCGGUGGCGCCGCCCGGAAGACGUCCCCGGCCGCCGCGAUGGGUCCGCCGCCCCCGCUGCCGCCGAUGCGCACCGCACCGCCGCCCGUUGCACGACCGUACGUCCGGAAACAGCCGUCGGCACCAGCUCCGCCGCCACCGCCACACGUACGCAUGUCGAGCGCUGCUCGCAGACGGCGCAGGGGCCGCCGGAAGAACUUCCGCGACGGGUCUCGGACUGCUGCCGCAGCAACUGGCAAGUGAGUAGACGACUCGACGACGGUAUACGACAGACGCGUGUGACCUGCGGCAUCUAUAGAAUAUUAUACGUCAUAAUACCUACGUAAUGUUUUAUUUUAUUCUCCAAAACCGAUAUUGCCCACUGCCAAGCUCGCGCGAAGAUAAAGGUGCAGUGCGCGUAAGCCGAGCACUUUCGUACCUUAAACUAUGUCCAUAUGGAAUAAGUUAGCUGGGUUGUGUGGGUUCAUCCGAUUCGAUCCGAUUGGUGGCUGUCGAAGGGGCCUCGUUCAAUCGACCACCCUCACUCCACCCAUCCAGCCACAUGUCACGAUAAGCAUCGAGAACGGUGUCAAUUUGUUUUGUUGAACAUAAUAUAAUAUUAUUGAUUCUCCGAGACUAUAAGACGACGUCGUGGCGUCAAUACAUACAGACUUAUUUUUUUCCGAUUUACUGCACGUCCAUCGUCACACAAAUAUCUGCACAUUCACAGUUGAAACGUUUCAAUAUUAAAUAUUUUAUGAUUCCAUAAUAUUGACUAUAUA